AUUUUGCCCUUCAAUGCAGCGCAUGAGCAAAAAAUCACAAUAUAAAUUGAGAUUAUGUACGCAAUAAGAAAAAGCUUUCGCCGAUGUACGACAAAUCAAAGAAAACCUGGAGUCAGCGGCUCAAAAUUACGAAAACUGAAAAACCAUAUACAACAGCCUUGCCGGUAACAACAACAGCAUCUACAGCAGCUGCCAUCGCAAAUAAUGCACACAACAAUAGCAACCAUAAGGCAGAGUAUCAAACAACAUUAGCAGCAAUGCAUUUACCAACACUACAAUUGCAGCAGCUAAAUGACUAUCACAACGGUAAUGGCGCGGGGGGUGUAGCUUAUGAAUAUCUGCCUAGUGCGCUAUCACGUUCUAUGAAGUAUGCCGAACCAUGGAUUUAUGGUACAGUACGUGGCAUACCAGCGCGUCCAUACCAGUAUCAUCAGGCACCAAACUAUCCGCAUCCACAUGCAGCCGCAAUCUUCGCCACUCACCCGCUAGCUACUGCAGAAGCUUUAGCGGUGGUUAUAUGUUCCUGUCCGGAAUACCUAAACGGCACCAAGCGUGAUGUGAAGAAAGCAAGUAUUUGCAAGAAAUGUAAAGGUUCACGUUUGCCGCUUGCCAAUAUCGGUGGCACAGUGCGCUUGCAAAGUAGUACUGGUGUCGUACCAGCGGUUAAAUUUCGCGGUAGUGGUGCAGCUACAAUGCGAGUAGUUAGUACUACAAAGAAAGCCCGUCCAACUAUACUCGAUCCACAAAAAGACCCAUAUGACUUAAUGCGUCGCACACGUUUGCUUUCGCCCGAACCAGGCGCUAGUGGUGGUAGCAGCAGUUCUAAAGAUAAAUCGCGCAAUCGCGGAAAAAGUGCAAGUCCUACACGUGGCCGCAGUCGCACUCGAAAUCCUGUUAAACAAACUAAACAUGAUCCAGUAAGCACACAGGAUUUAACGGAUUGUUGGCUGGAAGAAGACGUUGAUGCCUCCUUACAAGUUACUGAAUCUCCUACAAGUAGCCACAUGCGGCGCUCAAUACUACGCUGUAAUGUCAAUCCUUAUGACUUGAUCUCAAUCAAAUCCAUUCAAACUGUAACUAGCAAUCAAAAAGUAAACUCUCCAAACAUAAGUGCCUCAUCCACACCUGUAACCACUCCUACAAAGGGGACUCCUACUAAAGAAAAGAUUAUAGGAAUAUCCCAAAAUGAGUUUAUGCCACCCAAUGAUGAUUUUAACGUGGAAGAUGCUGCUCUUAAUGAGGAUGAACCACCAUUUGCCACUGGCGCCAAUAACAAUACGCGCAAGAAAAACGUGCAUGAAAUAACAAAAUUAACAACAACUGCAAAAACGACGAAAAGUGCAACAACAACGCGACAUAAUGAACACAAAACUAAUGAUAAUGCAACACAUACAACAAAUGUUGCAGCUGAACAGCAGUUGCCAACGGCAACAACAAAAACAGCAACAAAUUUAAAUGCUGCCAGCAACAAACUUAACUACACGAAUGUGCAAGCGAUUGCGGGUAAACGCAUUAGUUUGGGCGAUAAUAAAACCUCCAAAAAAUCGUUAAUUAGGCAAAGCGAAAACGGACGUAGCUAUGAGGACAUCAUUAUUAGCGAAGAGCUUCAAGCUGCAAAGGCAACGAAAGAUGCACGCCCGAACAGUGAAAAUAAUUCCGUUAAUUAUAAAACAAAUACCAAAACCAUAACGAAUGCUUUGCCAGUGCAGGCAGCCAAUGAAUCGCAACCGAAGCGACCACCACGUAUCAAGAAACAAGAAUCUAAUGAAAGCGCCGACAGUGAAGUGGAAAAAUCGAAAAAUGUGGCAACAAACGCCACAGUAAUGAGAACCACUUAUACUGCGGAUGAAAGCGUUACAGUGCUGACAGUUACUCCAACCCAAAAUAUCAAAUCUAUACUAAAGCGUCCGGCAUCGAAAACAACAGACAGUAAUGAUGCUGGUACUGCAGAAGCACAUGCAGAUUUGGUAGCAACGACAGCGAGCAAUGUGGAUGCAUAUGCUGCAGCAGCAACUCCUAACCAACAACGCAGCAACAGUAAAGACGGCAACACCAUUGUGGUAACAACGCCAAUGGCUACAGCACAAUUUUACAUACCUUUACCGCAAACGCGUAAAAAGGUGCAGUUUAUGGUGGAGGAUAACGUAAUCCAUGCUGUUGACAGCCAUGUCAGCAAUGCUGAAAAGCUAUGCGAUAGCGAUGAAGACUUUGAAGAAAUACAACAAAUUCAACAACAACAGUAUAAUACCACUGUAUAUGGCAAAGAUGAAAAUGAAGUAGAUGAAGCUGAAACUGAAACUGAUGAAGAUGUUGCUGCGAGUGAUCCUACUGCUGCCAACGGUGGUAGUGAAGAGCUCUACAUUAUGCAGGACUUUGAUGAUGCAGAAAGCAACAAAAUACAAAUAACGAACAUAAAGUCGACAUCCAACUAUGAAUAUUAUAAUAGAAAACGUGGCCAACAAAAAUUAUUACAACAGCAGCAACAGCAACAACAACAACAACAACAGCGACACUCACAAAACUCAGUAAUGCAAGUUAGCACUGCUGAAGUGCCAGCAGUCAAAAUUUUAAAUCGAAAUGUGAAUUCUAACGAUGUAUCGUUGACACAAGCGGCAUUAUUAGCAAAAUUACAACAUGAAUCCGAACUAGUGUCGAGUUCAUUAAAUGCAGUGGCAGCCAAAACCGCAACGGACAACAUAAACAUCGUCAACACUACCAGUAAUACUCGUAAAACCGAUACAAAUCCAAAUAAUGAUAACAAUAUGGAAACUUUUAUUAAUGAUACCGGCAAGAGCAACAACAAUAAUAACAACAAUAUUGAUACCACACAAACUGCUCUUGCUCCUGCUGCUGCAGCCAGUAACGAUGAUAUUAUUGCUGCUGUUACUAGCAUUGCUGAUAAGCCCUACAUUGAUGAAUGCAAUGAAAAUCCAUCAGCAAAUUCCAAGUUGGAUGCUUUACAAUAUGAAGAUGUGCUGCCAGUUGCUCCGAAUGCAACUGUUUGCAUUAGUGAAACUGCAACUAAGCAACAGCAACAGCAAAAACAAAAUCAAAUAGUUAGCAAUAAAAAUAACAACAAAAACUGCAAUAAUUACAAAAUCGCAUCCACUACCACCACGAAAUUAUUACCGAAUCAGUGUCAUGGUGAAUCGCUGGCUAUGCUGUCAGCGUUUGCAUUAGCAACAACAACAGUUAAUACGCUUAAUACUGCCAACGAUAGCAAUGAAAAUGAUGAUAAUGAUGUCGGUGUUGCUGUAGCUGUAGCUGUUGCUGUUAGUGCAGAUGAUGAAAAUGUUGCUGGUGAUAAUGAACUUCAAGUGAAACGUG